AUGUUCAUGUGUGUGUUGCAUUGAUAACGAGGGUGUGUGUGUUCCCUGUGUGACAUGUGAGAGGAUCGAUAUGGACUGAAACCAGCGCCCGUGAUGGAAACACGGUGAGGACAGGAGGUUAUUAUGGCGGACCCAGAGGUGUCAACACAGAGCGGGGGCUACGAUGUGGAGCUGUUUGUGGACUCCCCAGACUACGACCUGAUCUGCACCAUAUGUCAGGGCGUCCUCAGGUGUCCAGUGAGAGCUGCGUGCCACCACAUCUUCUGCAAGAAAUGCAUCCUACAGUGGCUCAAGAGACAGGAGACAUGUCCCUGCUGCAGAAAGUCCGUCAACCCGAGCUUGAUCUUUGUCAUGUUCAAGCUGAGCAAAUCUAUUGGACGCAUGAAGGUCAAGUGUAAGAAUGAGAUCCGUGGUUGUGCAGAGACCUUUCCCCUCUCAGAGCAGUACUGCCACAGUAUGAGCUGUCUGUAUGAGCUCAUCCCCUGUCCCUACCAGGGCUGUCGGGCUCAGCUCCUGCGCAGGGAUCUGGACAUCCACGCACGCCACUGUGAGCACUGGCGUCAGCCCUGCCACAUGGGCUGCGGGACGAUACUCUCCCACCGCACCCAGGCCCAACACAACUGCUACAAGCAGCUGAGGCAGGAGUACGAGGCCAGGCAGAAGAACCACAGGGCCAUCGCCACUGCCCUGCAGAGGAAGAUGAGGAGGAUGCAGAGCACCAUGGCAUACAUGAAGAGGCAGAUAGGGCUAAUCUGUGAGAGCCUGGAGGUGAUGGACGAUCUGCACGAAGACGAGGAGGAGGACCUCGGAGAGAGCAGUGGCAGCUCCGGUGGGACGCCAGGCGACAACUUAGGCACCGGCUGAGAGACAAGUUCCUGCUGCUGUUUCUUCUCCAUGUGUGUAUUUCUUUGAAGAUGUGUGUGUUUUUUUUAAAUAUGUAGGAUUGAAUUGAGUGGAUUUGU